AUGAGGCGCGGCCUGAUUGGCGGCGGCGAAGGCGGCGCGGCCCGGGCGUUGCGCGGCGGCGGCGGCAGCGCCGGGCCCGGUCCCGGCCCGGUCCCGGCCCGGUUCUGGCCCGGUUCUGCCCCGCUCCUGGCCCGGCUCCGGCCCCGGCGGAGCCCCCCGCGAGCCCGGCAGGUGCGGCCAUGGCGGGCACGGCGCCCCCCGCAGGCGCCCCCCGAGCACCCCUUCACCUGCCGGGAGUGCGGCAAAUCCUUCCGCUGGUCCUCGCGCCUGGCGCAUCACCUGCGCAGCCACACAGGUGAGCGCCCCUACAAGUGCCCCGAGUGCCCCAAGGCCUUCAAGGGCUCCUCCGCCCUCCUCUACCACCUGCGGGGCCACACAGGUGAGCGGCCCUACACCUGCGCCACCUGCGGCAAGAGCUUCAAGCGCUCCUCGCUGCUGCAGGCUCACCUGCGCGUGCACACGGGGCUGCGCGCCUUCAGGUGCGCCCAGUGCGGCCUCACCUUCAAGUGGGCGUCGCACUACCAGUACCACCUGCGGCAGCACUCAGGUGAGCGGCCCUACCGCUGCCCCGCCUGCCCCAAGGCCUUCAAGAACUCGUCCAGCCUGCGGCGGCACCGCCACACCCACACGGGCGAGCGCCCGCACGCCUGCGGCACCUGCGGCAAGGCCUUCGCCCAGGCCGCCAACCUGCGGCAGCACCUGCGCGUGCACACGGGCGAGCGGCCGUACGCCUGCGGCACCUGCGGCAAGAGCUUCACGCACUCCUCCAACCUGCACCUGCACCGGCGCACGCACGGCCCCGCCCCGCAGUGCCCCGCCUGCGCCGCGCCCUUGGCCUCGCACACCUGCCCGCGGCGCCACCUGCAGGGCCCCGCCCCUCCCGCCCCGCCGCCGCCGCCGCCGCCUCACCUGAGCCGCUCUGGAGGCCGCUGGGGGGUCACCUGCGCCGAGCAAGAGGCGACGGGCACGGCGGCCCCGCCCCACCGCUGCCUCACCUGCGGCAAGAGCUUCAAGAACGGCUCGGGGCUGGCGCGACACCUGCCCGGCCACGAGCGGCCCAGCGCCGAGCCGCCGGCCCCGCCCGAGCGGCCGUACAGGUGCGGCGAGUGCGGCAAGGCCUUCAAGGGCUCCUCGGGGCUGCGCUACCACCUGCGCGACCACACGGGCGAGCGGCCCUACACCUGCGCCACCUGCGGCAAGAGCUUCAAGCGCUCCUCGCUGCUGCAGGCUCACCUGCGCGUGCACACGGGGCUGCGCGCCUUCAGGUGCGCCCAGUGCGGCCUCACCUUCAAGUGGGCGUCGCACUACCAGUACCACCUGCGGCAGCACUCGGGUGAGCGGCCCUACCGCUGCCCCGCCUGCCCCAAGGCCUUCAAGAACUCGUCCAGCCUGCGGCGGCACCGCCACACCCACACGGGCGAGCGCCCGCACGCCUGCGGCACCUGCGGCAAGGCCUUCGCCCAGGCCGCCAACCUGCGGCAGCACCUGCGCGUGCACACGGGCGAGCGGCCGUACGCCUGCGGCACCUGCGGCAAGAGCUUCACGCACUCCUCCAACCUGCACCUGCACCGGCGCACGCACUCGGCGGCGCGGCCCUUCCGCUGCCCCGCCUGCCCCAAGGCUUUCGUCGCGGCCGCCUACCUGCAGCGGCACCUGCGCACGCACGGCCCCGCCCCGCCCCGCGCGCCCGCGCCGCUGCCGUGGCCCGGCGCGUACCUGCUGCUGGCGGCGCCGCAGGGGCUGCGGCUCGUCCCCGCCCCCCGCAAGGUGCUGCUGCUGCCCGCCCCGCCCGGCCCCGCCCGGCCGCACCUGGCGCAGGUGGGCAAGGGGCAGCGCGCCUGGCAGAGCGUCCUGCUGGUACCUGGCGCCGGGCAGGACGGGGCGGGGCUGCAGGUGGCUGAGGUGGCAGGGGUGGCAGGUGUGACAGGUGUAGGUGUGACGGGGGUCACAGGUGUGACAGGGGUCACAGGUGUGACAGGUGUGACAAGUGUAGGUGUGGCAGAGGUCACAGGUGUAGGUGUGACGGGGGUCACAGGUGUGACGGGUGUCACAGGUGUCACAGGUGUGACAGGAGUUACAGGUGUGACAGGAGUUACAGGUGUCACAGGUAUAACAGGUGUGGCAGGUGUCACAGGGGUCACAGGUGUCACAGGGGUUACAGGUAUGGCGGGUGUGACAGGGAUCAGAGGGGUCACAGGUGUGACAGGUGGAGGUGUGACAGGGGUCACAGGUGUAACAGGUGUGGCAGGUGUCACAGGUAUAACAGGAGUUACAGGUGUAGGUGUCACAGGGGUUACAGGUAUGGUGGGUGUGACAGGUGUGACAGGGGUCACAGGUGUGACAGGUGUGACAGGUGCAGGGGUCACAGGUGUGACAGGUGGAGGUGUCACAGGGGUCACAGGUGUGACAGGUGGAGGUGUCACAGGGGUCACAGGUGUCCAGCUGCAGGUGGUGCCAGUGGCCCCAGAGGUCACCAGUGUCCAGGUGCAGGGCCAGGAGGUGACAGGUGUGACAGGUGUGACAGGUGGGACGGGUGUAGGUGUCACAAGUGGGACAGGUAUAACCGGGGGGAUGGGUUUAGGUGUGACAGGUGGGACAGGUGUAGGUGUGACAGGUGUCACAGGUGUGACAGGUUUAGGUGUGGCAGGUGUGACAGGUUUAAGUGUGACAGGUGGGGUGGAUUUAGGUGUGGCAGGUGGGACAGGUUUAGGUGUGGCAGGUGUCACAGGUGUGACAGGUUUAGGUGUAACAGGUGGGACGGGUUCAGGUGUGACAGGUUUAGAUGGGACAGGGCUGCAGCUCCAGGUGCUCCCAGUGCCCUCGGAGGUCACCAAUGUCCAGCUCCAGGUGUUGCCACCACCACCUGAGGUCACCAACAUUCAGCUCCAGGUGUUGCCACCACCACCUGAGGUCACCAAUGUCCAGCUCCAGGCAGGUGAGGUCACCAAUGUCCAGCUCCAGGUGUUGCCACCACUCCCAGGUGGCACCAACGUCCAGCUCCAGGCAGGUGAGGUCACCAAUGUCCAGCUCCAGGUGUUGCCACCACCCCCAGGUGGCACCAACGUCCAGCUCCAGGUGUUGGCGCCACCUGAGGUCACCAGUGUCCAGCUCCAGGCAGGUGAGGUCACCAACGUCCAGCUCCAGGUGUUGCCACCGCUCCCAGGUGGCACCAACGUCCAGCUCCAGGCAGGUGAGGUCACCAAUGUCCAGCUCCAGGUGUUGCCAGCACCACCUGAGGUGACCAACGUCCAGCUCCAGGCCCUGCCGCUGAGCUCAGGUGUCACCAACGUCCAGCUCCAGGUGUUGCCACCACCUUCAGGUGGCGCAGGUGGCCAGCUCCAGGCCACUGAGAUGACCGACGUCCAGCUCCAGGUGUUGCCACCACCUUCAGGUGGCACAGGUGGCCAGCUCCAGGCCACUGAGGUGACCGACGUCCAGCUCCAGGUGUUGCCAGCACUACCUGAGGGGACCAAUGUCCAGCUCCAGGCCACCGAGAUGACCAGUGUCCACCUGGAGACCUCAGAGGUACCCGGUGUCCACCUGGAGACCACGGAGAUGACCGAUGUCCACCUGGAGACCUCAGACCUGCCCAGUGUCCACCUGGAGACCUCAGACCUGCCUGGUGCCCACCUGGAGAACUCAGAGGUGACCAGUGUCCACCUGGAACCCAUGGAGGUGACCGAUGUCCACCUGGAGACCUCAGAGGUGUCCGAUGUCCACCUGGAGACAUCAGCAGUGACCAGUGUCCACCUGGAGACCUCAGAGGUGACCGAUGUCCACCUGGAACCCACAGAGGUGACCAGUGUCCACCUGGAGACCUCAGCAGUGACCAGUGUCCACCUGGAGACCUCAGCAGUGACCAGUGUCCACCUGGAGCCCACAGAGGUGACCGAUGUCCAUCUGGAGACCUCAGCAGUGACCAGUGUCCACCUGGAGCCCACAGAGGUGACCGAUGUCCAUCUGGAGACCUCAGCAGUGACCAGUGUCCACCUGGAGAACUCAGAGGUGACCGAUGUCCAUCUGGAGACUUCAGACCUGUCCAGUGUCCACCUGGAGACCUCAGAGGUGACCGAUGUCCACCUGGAGACCUCAGAGCUGUCCAGUGUCCACCUGGAGACCUCAGAGGUGACCGAUGUCCACCUGGAGACCUCAGAGGUGACCGAUGUCCACCUGGAGACCUCAGACCUGUCCAGUGUCCACCUGGAGACCUCAGAGGUGACCGAUGUCCACCUGGAGACCUCAGACCUGUCCAGUGUCCACCUGGAGACCUCAGAGGUGUCCGAUGUCCACCUGGAGCACACGGAGGAGGUGCCCAGUGCCCACCUGGAGACCCCAGAGGUGCCCGGUGCCCACCUGGGCACGUCAGAGGUGCCCAGUGUCCACCUGGAGACCACGCAGGUGCCCGGUGCCCACCUGGGCACGUCAGAGGUGCCCAGUGUCCACCUGGAGACCACGCAGGUGCCCGGUGCCCACCUGGAGGUGCCCAGUGCCCACCUGGACACACCUUGGGGAUGACCAGUGCCCACCUGGGCACGUCAGAGGUGCCCAGUGUCCACCUGGAACCCACAGGUGUGCCCGAUGCCCACCUGGACACACCUUGGAGGUGCCCAGUGCUCACCUGGAACCCACCGAGAAAGUGCCCAGUGCCCACCUGGAGAGCACGCAGGUGCCUGGUGCCCACCUGGAGGUUCCCAAUGCCCACCUGGACACACCUUGGAGGUGCCCAGCCCUCACCUGCACAGGUGCCCAGUGCCCACCUGGAGCCCCCCCCAGGUGCUCCUGGCCUGGGGGACCCUGUGCCCCGCCCCGUGCACACCUGUGCCUGCAGGUGAGGGGUGCCUGGGGGUACCUGAGGGGUGCCUGGGGAUACCUGAGCUCACCUGGCACAGGUGAGGGGUGCCAGGCGGUGCCCGGGGGUACCUGAGCUCACCUGGCACAGGUGAGGGGUGCCCGGGGGUACCUGAGCUCACCUGCCCAGGUGAGGAGUGCCCGGGGGCUGCCCGGGGGUACCUGAGCUCACCUGCCCA